CCAGGCGGGCAAGGCGACCUCGGUACCAAUAUCCCUACAAGGUACCAAGCCGGCAUGACAGGCUUGGCAGCCAAGCAAGGCGACAGGGUACCAUGACCCCAAGGGGGUAUCAAGCCAGCAAGACUGACUUGGUGGCCAGGCAACAGGGGGCCAAGCCAAGUACCAACUAAGAGAGUCAUACAGAAACUAAGUUUAGAUAUCAAGCCAACAAGACAGACUUGAUAGCCAGACAUUAGGGUAUCAAGCCAAUAAGACAAGAAAUUCGACUAAGGCAUGGUGACUAGCUGAGGUGGCCACCCAACUAUGGAUGGAUCGACCAGGAUGCCGAGCUCAGCCCUUAUGAGGCCAUAUGGAGACAAAGUCCAAAGACGGGCUUGGUAGCACCUUCACGGGGUACCAAACCGGUAGGGUGCAACUUACCAACUUGACGAGGCUACAAAAACUAAGUAUGGAGACUAAGCCACCAGGGCUGGCUUGGUAGCAAGGGUUGUCAAGUUGAUUACAUGGGCUUGGUGGCAUGCCAGAAGGUAUCAACCCGAUGAGACGACUUGGUAACAACCAAUAAGUUAAUGAGGAGGACUUGGUGUCAUGAGGUGGUAGCGUUCUCAGGACCAGGGAGUCAUCAAGCAGUCGAGGGUGAGAUCAAGACCUCAUCAUGGUUCAUGGAGGCUAAGGCAAGAGCCUCAACCCCAUCCAGUCAUGACAGGGCGACAAGGCUCAACACCACCACAACCCUGCAUCGAGGCCAUCAAGUACCCACCAGCCCCAAGACGGGACAAGGGCCCCCAAGGCGACGGUUACCAACUAGUCACCAAGGCGGGACAAGGGAACCCGAGGCGGUUUGGAGCAAGAGGACAGCUAGCAGUUACUACGGCGGUUACCAAGACAGUUACACCCGGUGGCUAUAAAUAGGAGAAACGAAGACGGGGAAAGGGUUCCACAAUCAAACAUUUGACGCACAAUGUCAAACUUUAUCCUUUUCUCUGCAAAUUAGCCAUAGUUUUAGUUUUUGGAGCUCUCACUGAACCUCCAUAAGAGUAGAGUAACGUAACCUAGCUUGUUCCCAAAAAACCAUCAAAAACAUCAAACACCCUCGUUCGAACAUUGUUCGGAGAGGAGUGAACCGUAUAAUUAUCGUUGUUCAAGAAGUCAAAAGUGCAUUCAUUGUGUUCAAACACAAGUUUUUCCUCGCCGGAAAACAACACCUCAUCAUUUUUGUCCCAAUUUUUGUCUUUCAUUCUCCAAUUUUCCUCGUAACCAUUAUUUGGUUGUCCUUUCUUACCUCAAUUGUGUCUAAUACUAACAAAGACUUAAUAGUUAA